GGGGAGCGUGUUGAACACCGCCGCCGACUCAUUCUUUCCGAUAGCCGGAGGAGCGCUGGAGGGAACGUGCGGCUCUCACGUUUUGUCUGCCUUCAUCGCUACGUUUCUUUCCCCCCCCCCGGUUGCUUUGACAUGCUCCUGGAUGACAUGACACUGGGCAGGCUGUGUUUGUCCUGUUGCUUCGUGCUGUGGGCCUGGCGCCCGGUGGCAGGGGCAGGAGCCGCACAGUCUGGCCCCGGCCCCGCGCCAGACUCCGGAGAACCGUUUGUGGAGGAAUGGGAGUGGGGGUCCGGUUUCUCUGUCCUGGAGGAGUUCCUACACAGCCUUCCCGCUGACAGCCCCUUUGUAGCAGAGACCCCGGGAAAGCCAGUCAACUGCACCCAGCGCUUCUGGCUGCCCUCGGCCUCCUCGAUCUGCUGGGACGACAUCGUCGGGCCGGAGGAGUUCGCCAAGUCCCGCCUGCUCGUCCUGCAAAACAGGGCUGCCCUCCAGGCUGUGUCCACCACCAGUGGGGUAGAGGAGGGAGGAGUGUCCUACAAGCAGCAGGCCAGAGAGGAGGUGCAGGGGAUCCUGUCGGACCAUCAGAGCAUGGCGGAGACGAUGGGCACCAUGCAAGAGGUGUUCGUCUCGCUGGAGGAGAAGAGAAAGGAAGGGAAGGAGCAGUGGGACUUCUCCAGCAUCAGGAAGCAGAUUGCCAGUACAAGGGAUGCCAUUGAAGGCAAAGAGGGUGCAGUAAACCUCCUGGAAAGGCAAUUCUUUCACCUAGAGAAGACUCUGUUUAACAUCCAGCAACGGCUGACCAAACUAAUUGUGCAAUGACUGUUCCCUGCUGCCCUGUGUUUUAUCUUUAUAUGGCUUUUUUUUCCUCAAUCAUUCAUGGGCUGUACAAUACUGUGCAUGCUCUGGAUCAUAACCAAGGGUGAGGACAGACCAUACUGUUGAUGUGCGCCUCAUCGUUUCAUAAUAAAUAUUCUCACCUCAUCAUAGUGUGCAGGCUGUAAACUGUGCAACAAUGCAAAGAUAAUAUUAGGGAGGUCUGAUAAACAUGUAGCGAUUAUACUUAAAAAGCACAGCCUAAUUUGAGUUAUUGGUCAAAUUAGUUGCUUCUAAUAAAGCUGCAGGAUGCUCAUUAAG